GGAAGCACUUAGCACCUCCCAGUAUUUCAGUUCAUCUCACAACCAGCGGCUGAUCAGACCCAAGCACAAGAUGUCCUUCAUAAAUGUAGAUGCAGCUUCGGACUUUUCCUACCAGAAUCUCCCAUAUGGGGUGUUUUCCACCUCUGACAAUCCCAGGCAUCGCAUCGGUGUUGCCAUUGGAGACCAAAUCCUGGACCUCAGUGUGAUAAAGUCUCUGUUUGUGGGACCUGUAAUGUCUAAACACCAGGAUGUCUUUGAUCAGGUCAAGAGUCUGGGUGUCAUCCUCGACUCCUCCCUCUCCUUUCAGUCAUUACCAGCUAAGCCUCCUGUGUUUGGCCCCUCCAAGCAACUGGACAUUGAGCUUGAGAUGGCUUUCUUUGUUGGAGGAGGCAAUCAGCUCGGGGAGCCCAUUCCAAUCAGCAAGGCCCAUGAACACAUCUUUGGGAUGGUGCUCAUGAAUGACUGGAGUGCUAGAGAUAUCCAGGCUUGGGAGUAUGUUCCUCUUGGACCUUUCUUAGGGAAGAAUUUUGGAACAACCAUCUCACCCUGGGUUGUUCCAAUGGAAGCACCGUUGCCUUUUGCAGAGCCUAAUCCCAUACAGGAUCCUGAACCUCUCCCAUAUCUUCGACAUGAUGAUGCCUACACCUUCAAUAUUAACCUGUUUGUGUCACUAAAGGGCCAGGACAUGUCAGAGGCUGUAAACAUCUGCACCUCAAAUUUUAAAUACAUGUACUGGACAAUGAAGCAGCAACUCACCCAUCACACAGUUAAUGGCUGCAAUGUCAGACCAGGAGACCUGCUGGCUUCUGGUACCAUCAGCGGACCCAAUCCAAAUAGUUUUGGUUCCAUGCUGGAGCUGUCCUGGAGAUGAUCAAAUACCAUUGAUGUUGAAGAAGGAAAAACUAGAACAUUCUUAAAGGAUGGAGAUGAAGCAAAUUAUCAAAGGCCACUGCCAAGGAGACGGAUACAGAGUGGGUUUUGGACUCUGCAGAGGAACCAUCCUCCCGGCCCUCAGUCAUUGAAACAUUCUGUUAUCAUUUUCUGGAACAAAUAAAGAAACACGUGACAGAAAGCAGCAGUAUUUGUUGUGUAUUCUGGCUUUCCUUUCAUCCUUCAAGAUAUCAGCACUUUUAACCCAUCCCAUGCUGCUGCUACCUUACAGGUUCAUGAUGCUUAUGAAAAAUAGUUUAUAAUCAAUUGAUGGAUAAUCACCAAGUUGGUUAAUUUAUCAGAGAAUAUGAGUUUCCUCACAACAAAGAAACUUUACUAUAAAAAUAUAUUUUAAAAAAACAACAGGAAAUUGAAUAUUAUUCUUGCAAACAUUUAUGU